ACCAUUCCGUUUGUUAUCUGUCUUAUCUAUGUUUAACAAUAAAGUUCAUGUUUAACUAAGAGCAAUUAUUUUCAUUUUGAGGACUUAUAAUGCUGGUUUUACUUUUGUUGUUAGAAAAUAUAGGACUUCUACAAGGGGCUGUCCUUUGUAGCUCUGAUGUAGACUGUUCAAAAGAAAGCUGCCUUUCUCCGCUUGCUACGGCAUACUGCGACUCUGGUGUAUGUCGUUGUUCUCCGUGUACUUCAAACAGUGAUUGUCCGCUACCAUGCCCUUUCCCAACAACAGGAUAUUGUAACCAAGGCAACUGUACAUGCCAUGCAGAUACAAACAAUUGGAAGUGUUCUUCAGACAGUGAUUGUCCACUGCCAUGCCCUUUUCAAAUGACUGGAUAUUGUAACCAUGGCAAAUGUUCCUGUCAUAUUGAAAAUCACCGGAGGGUUGCUUCUGUUGUAGCUAGGUGUACAAAUGAUUCCAGUUGUCAUUUAUCGUGUCCGGAAAGAUUCCUGAUGCGGUGUGAUUCCGGGGUCUGCAGUUGUCAAAAGAAAUGCUCCUCAGACCAUGAGUGCCCGAUUCCUUGCCCUGUCGGCGAAAUAGGCUACUGCAACGCCGGAAGUUGCAGCUGUCAUAUUCCGUGCAAAACAGACAAUGCUUGUUAUCUGCCGUGUCCCGCCGGAGAAAUUGGCUUUUGCGAUGCAGGAAGCUGUCGGUGCCACAAGCCUUGUCAGUCAGACCGAGACUGUCCGUUACCAUGUCCGUACCCAAUGUCAGGAUGUUGCGACUCGAGCACCUGUCGAUGCUGCACAUAGUAGGACAAGUUUCUGGCAAACAUUACAACUUGAAAUAUAACACCACUUUAUUGAAAUUUGCAAGCUGGAAUACAAUUCAUGACUUCUU